AUGGAAUGCGAAGAUGACGUAAUAAAUCCAGAUUUUAAUACAUGCGAUAAUGAAGAGACCAAUUAUGAUGAAGUUCGUCCUCCACAUAAGCAACUUGUCAAUAGUGGAGGUAUUAAAAUGCCUGUCUUGGUGAAGAAAUUAGGCCCGAGUCUAACUUGCCCUAUUUGCCUUGAUCUUUUAAGAAAUACAACUGUUACGGAAUGUCUUCAUCGAUUUUGUGCUGAUUGUAUUAAAAAUUCUAUUUACAAAACAAAUCGUCAAUGUCCAACUUGUCGAAGGAAAAUUGUCUCAAAAAGAAAUCUCCGUUCAGAUCCAAAUAUUGAUUUACUUAUUGACACAAUUUGGCCCGAUCGUAAUAUUUAUGAAAAAAUUCACAAUAUUUUGAUGGAAAGUACUUGCGAGUCCCCAACAAAAAUUAGAGAUUUAACUGUUGAAAAUGAUGACAAUUUUGAUGAUUUUUCAUCUUCAGAAAAUGAUUUUCCCAGCAAUGAUGAAAAGGAAGAAUAUGACUUUUCCAGCUCUGAUAAUGAUGAAUUAAAUGAUUUUGAGUAGGAAAUAAUUUUUAAUUAUUUGAAGCUUUGACUGUUUUUCGAGAUUAUUGUCGAUUUAAAUAAUCUUGAAAAAAUUGAAAGUAUUUUUUCGUAUUUUUGAUUAAAUUUUGAGAAAAAUGUAAAUUACUGGAUUUUAAGAGAUAUGCUGUAAAUAUUGAAAUUAUUCCCAGGGUAAUUAUUGUUUCAAUCCUUAGAGGGGUAAUUAUUAGGGAAUAGGUCUGGAUUUGGGGUGAAUGAAAUUGACAACAAAGUUGAUUUUUCUUUAAUAUUUUUAUUAAAAUGUUUUGAGGUGGUAGUUAGCAAAUAGAGGGGGUAAUUAUUUGAGCAU